AUGGUUUCCAAGCUCAAUCUUAAGGUGACCCCUCACCCAAAUCCAUAUAAGGUUUCUUGGAUCAACUCGACUACCAUAGAAAUUAAGGAUCGAAGCCUUAUUCCUAUAGAAUUUGUGGGAUAUCAGGAUAAGAUUUGGUGUGAUGUUCUAACCAUGGACGUAGGUCAAAUUAUCCUUGGUCGCCCUUGGUUAUUUGACAACGACGUCCAUAUUUAUGGGAGGACGAACACCUGUGUGUUCGAACAUAAUGAAAAGAAGAUCAAGUUAAUGCCCUCUCAACCUAAACCUCCCAAAACUGAAGCUAAGCCUAUCCCUGUCAAGCAAAGUAAAGGUCUCCACUUAUUGACUGCGAAAGAGGUGGAAACUGAGAUCACCCAAGGAGCACCCAUGUAUGCCCUAGUGGCUAGAGAAGUAGAUGAGGACCAGAAAGAACCAAUCCCCGAUGCCGUUAAGCCUCUUCUUAAAAACUUUGCUGAUGUAUUUCCGGAGGAUUUGCCUAACCGACUGCCACCCCUGCAGGACAUACAGCACGCGAUAGAUUUAGUGCCGGGAGCAUCGCUGCCCAACCUCCCUCACUACCGUAUGAACCCGACUGAACAUUCUGAGCGGAAGAAACAAGUUGAUGAACUCCUUCAAUGA